AUGAAAACCCUCAUUACAGCCUGCGAUACCAAGCCCAACAACACAGACGGCGACACCGUGGAACUGGCAAACGGCCUGUUUCCUGCCAGUAUAACCACCCCCACGCCAUCAAUAUCUGCCUCGACAACGCCCAAAAAAUCACCAUCAUCCAAUUCUGCCGACUCCUCCAGUUCCGGGCUCAGCGACGGUGCCAAGGCUGGGAUAGGAGUCGGCGUUGGAGUCGCGGGCCUGUGCAUCUUAGGUGCGAUCACUUGGUUCCUCACGAGGCGCCAACAUCCCGCCGUCUCUACUCGAUCCGACCUGAGCCAACUGGAUUCCCGGCCCAUUGCUCCUCCCUCUUUCCAACCAGAGACUUCUCAGGCGAGUUAUUACUCAGACCACGGCUACUCGGUAGAUCCUUCGACAGGGUCACGGAAUAAGAUGAAUCCCGCCGAGCUGCAGGGAUACAAUAGCGUGGCCGAGCUGCCUUCCGAUCAGCGCGCUUAA